AUGGGAGCCCCGGAUUCAGCUCAGAUAAGUGACUUAGUAGGAAUUUAUCUGCUCUCCUACAUACAGAAGGAAUUCCCAGACCUGGAAGGUGGAUUAUACAGGGAUGAUGCACUCUUUGUAAUUAAAAAUCCCUCGAAUAGGAAACUAGAGCUCAUUAAGAAAAACUUGCAUAAAUUCUUCAAAAGAUUUGGACUAGCCAUUUCUAUAGAAAACGAACACACAUCCAUAAAUUACUUAGACGCUAAUUGCAACCUAGCCACAGGACUACAUGAACCAUACAUAAAGCCCAAUACUAACCUAAAAUACAUAAACGCAUCCAGCAACCACCCACUAUUCCUCAAGAGAGGCUUAGCACAUAGUAUAAGCAAUAGGAUAUCAUGCCUCUCCUCUAGCCAAGCUAUUUUUAAUAAGCAUAAGGAAACCUACAACAUCGCUCUACAUAAGGCAGGAUUUAACCAUAAAAUUAAAUUCAUGGAAUCCAAUAACCAUAAAAAAGACCCAACUACUAGGAACUCAAACGCUAGAAACACACACACUACUAACACACCGAACACCGCUGGAAACCACACUAACGAUAUGAAUGACAAAGAUAAACAGAACACAUGUAAUAGAAAUACAACACGUCCCAAAGCCAAACCACAUAACACCAAAAAUACCAACAACAAUGUAAACACCAAUACCAAUAAUAUUAAAAGGACGAUUAAGGCUAAUAACGAGACGAAACAGAAAUACAAUAACCACCUGAACAGAACCAACAUUAAGCAAUACAACGAUAAGUUUAGCAUAAAUUACAGGGAAACCCAGAAGACUAAAAGAAACCAUAUAUCGGGCCCACAAACAACUAACAAUACUAACAGGGAAAACAAUGAAAGGACGCAUAUCAAAAAUAAACCCAAAUAUAGAAAUAAAUUAGAUAGCCGUAAAGAAAAAUUCACCAGCCUUCCCAGUUAUGAUGGCAGCUUCUGUACCAAAUAUGGCCAUAAUAGCAGCAAGAACAAUAAGGAUACGAUCUGGCUAAUCAUUCCCUAUAACAUGGGCCUCAAAUCCAACAUAGUCCGCUCACUAGUGAACAUAAUUAGAUAA